GCUGUUUUCAGGACAGGCUUUCGAUGACGUCAUACACGGAAGUACAGCACGCACUUCUAUGUCAAGUAGCUGCAAAUUAAAAAAAGACUUGAAUUAUUUCAAUGCAACCCAUCCUGAGAGAAUAAAUGUCUCCACCAGAAGAGUUGGUCAAGCAGUGGGAAAGUGAGCAAACCUGUCUCAGAGAGCAGGUGGUGGUGGAGGACACGGAAGACUGGCAGAAGAGCCCAGACUUCCCGGGACUGGAACGCGUUGCUGGACUGGACCUCUCCUUUAUCAAAGGUGAUGACGUCAAUGCCUGCUCCCAGCUCGUGGUGCUCAGCUAUCCUGAUCUUGAGGUGCUUUAUGAGGACAGUCAAAUGGUGACCCUGACAGCACCUUACAUGCCAGGCUUUCUGGCCUUCAGAGAAACCCCUUUCCUCUUGGAGGCUCUGCAGCGGCUUGAAAAGGACAAGCCCACUCUUCUGCCUCAGGUGGUGUUUGUGGAUGGCAAUGGUCUCUUUCACUACAGAGAAUUUGGACUGGCAUGUCACGUGGGAGUGCUGUCAGGCCUGCCGUGUGUGGGUGUUGCCAAGAACCUGCUCCAGGUCCAGGGUGUGUUCAAAAAUGAAGAACAUAAGUCUCAGAUAUCAGCACUGCAGAAAGGAGGAGACAGCUUUCCCCUGAGAGCAAACUCUGGCAAAGUGCUUGGAAAGGCACUGCGUAGCUCAGACAGGAGCACUAAGCCAGUCUAUGUGUCAGUUGGCCACAAGAUCAGUCUGGAUACAGCUGUUCAGCUCACAUACUCCUGCAGCCGGUUCAGAGUUCCGGAGCCAAUUAGACAGGCCGACUGUCGCUCCAGAGAGUACCUCCGUGCUCACUUCCCUGCUGCAAAGACCGGAACAGGAAGCACAGAAUGAGGAGGCCACAUGGAGGAGGGCAGUGAAGCUGCCUUCCUAAAUGGCAGAUUUGGGCCAAUUAAGGUAGAACUGAAACAUGGACUUCAUGUAAACGCGCUCCCAUUUGCAGACGGCAGUUCACAUUCUGUCGUCUCAAGGCAACACCCUGCAGUUACAGCCUCCCACUCCUUCAAACGUACACACAGAAGAUGGUUCGCCUCGUGUUCCACAUCCCAUGAGCCGCUCGGGCAGGUACUCGGUCUGGUUUGUGUCCACUCACGCACAAGCAGACUUGUUUGGCACAAGCAUUCACCGCCGUCCCACCCUCACCCACAUCCACGUCACCACUUUCAUCUUUUCCUUCCACCCAUCGAACAUCUCCAACUUUUACCCUUCAAAUGAGCUCUUUUUAUU